ACGUCACGGGAGGAAGUGGGGCGGGACUUCCGGGACCGGACAAAAAGGCCUCCCAGGAUGCGGCUCUCUGCGGCGCUGCUGAUCUCGCACGGCCGGGUCCAGCGGCGCUUCGGCCUGGGCCCGCGCUCGCGGCUCGACCUCCUCCGGAACCUGGUCACGGGGCUGGUGCGGCACGAGCGGAUCGAGGCCCCCCGCGCACGCGCAGACGAGAUGAGCUUCUACGCCGAGCGCCUUAUCGACUUUGCCAAGCGGGGCGACACGGACCCCCGGGCCAUGCGCAUGGCCGACUUCUGGCUCACGGAGAAGGACCUGAUCCACAAGCUGUUCCGUGUGCUGGCCCCGCGCUUUGAGGCCCGUUCGGGGGGCUACACGCGCCUGCUCCGCAUCCCCAACCGGGAGAACCUGGACCGGGCGCCCAUGGCGGUCAUCGAGUACAAGGGGAACCCGCUGCCCCCGCUGCCCCUCCCCAAGAGGGACUCCAACAAGACCCUGGUCAACCAGCUCCUGCAGGGCUUCUGGCGGGACCGGCGGGUGGCCCAGAAGGGCAAAGCGGACGAGGCCCCGGGAAGCCCCGUCUAAGAAGCCAUGGACUGAGGCUCAGGCCUCCUCCUCUCUGGCCGGACACGCCCUCCCUGCAGGACAGUCAUCGAGAAACAGGAAGGAGUUCAGGGUGCAGCAGGAGGUCUUGUCUCCAUGGCAGGAAAUGAGCUUUUGUUGACACAAUCUGUUUGGCAAUAAAUAUGGACUGCAGAGUCUCUUUGUCCCUGCUCUGUUGUUCCUCCAAGUAGAGGAAGAGGACUAUCUUCUGUCAUGAAUAUUUUACAAAACUAAAAAGUUAUUUAAUUGGAAAUAACUGCACCCAGUCUCUGGGCACACAUCCCUUUUGAAAUAAAUGGCAAUCCCAA